AUGUCACUAAACCCUAACGCUCCUCCAUGGAAUGUUCCUGAUCACAAUAUGGACCACGGCAUGGACCCGCAUGGUCGUCACGGGCACCAAGACCCCCGGUUUCACAAUUUCAGCGGUUACUAUCCUCAGCACAUGCCCAUGCACCAAAUGCAAAGUGUGCAAAAUAUGGGAAUGCCACGGUCUAUGAUGAAUCACGGCUACAACCAUCCAGCUGCUCAUAUACAUCCCAUGCAACAUAGUGCGCCACCCGGUCAGGCGUUCCACCAGGGGCGAGCGCGAGGUCAGGCUUAUCUUGGUGGACACGUGAACGCAAUGCCCGCCGUUCCCGCGCCAUCAUAUAGGAAACAGCACAUUGUGGUGGUGGUGGUGCUCGGUUACAGGUGCGUAGGGAAAACAACUGUUGCCCGACAAAUAGCAAAGGUACGCAACUAUCGGUACGUCUCCCUGAAACCUAGUGAAGAUGCCGGUAGCGUUUCGCCAGAGGCAUUCGUGGCGCCGGUGGUGGAACUUUUGGCCAGUAAGAAUUCAUAUGAAGGUAUAGUCAUUGAUGACAUUGUGUCACAGAAUAAGUACGACCCCUACUACGUACAGUCUGUGUUGCAGAAACACGGACUCAAGCUGGAUGUUGUGGUUUUAUUGGACAGUGAGUUGGACAAUGCAAAGGAAGGCGUGGAUUAUGAAGAUCCGCAGCAGCGGAAGCUGCAUCCAGAGAGCUACGAGUUCUGUGCGUGUCACCUCAAUGGUGGAAAUGCCGUUGUAGUGGAAUGUCGCGGGAAGGAUCUCGACGAAACAGUUGCUGAAGCAAUGCGACAACUGAAUGAUGUGAACAUUGUGAAGGAAUCAACUAUUACGCUAAAGGAGGUUGCGCUAAUGCCCAACUGCCCACUGGUGUGCAACCCAUCAAUGGUGACAGAGGUAUUGGCGGCGCAAAGUGGAGUGUUAGGCCUUGCUGAGUCUGCUUCCUUUCCCUUCUCGGAACCUAAUUACCUGUUAGAGUAUACCAUAUUCGCGCGUCAGGCGCACGCGUUCCGAAGCUAUAUGAUCAUUCCAUGGAUCAAAGGCGAUAAGGUGUCACUCAUUGGUUACAAAGAUGCUAUUUAUUUGCACCUUCCAGCAUAUAAUAUACUAUUUCAACUUAAUGAUAGCCCAACUGCACUAACGCACCUACUCAAAGAGACAACUGCAACGGGCGGAUUGGCCUUCAUAUUCGAGGCCACUUUUGCCGCAAAUAAACUACACGUAUCCGACUUACUCCUGUUGGGUGGCAUGAAAGGAUCCGAAAUGCUGGUAAAUGAACGUGUGGAUUUGUUGAAGGAGAAACUUGGUGAAUUGAGGGAAGGUGCUGUGCAGCUGCUUCCCUGGUACCCUGUAAAGGAUAUGGAGAUGUGCAAGAAGGAAAAUCCAGAAGCAGAUGGCAUACUUUUCGUAAAUCCUGACGGUAUUCAAGUUGGAGAGUACGACAGUCGAAACUAUCUGUACCCGCUGCACAGGAAGAAAACAGUAGAACUUCGCAUAUGGAAUGGUAAUUUCACUGGAGGGGUGUGGACAUUCGAUGCAUACUGUGAGGAGGUGGGUACUGAGAAACUUGUCGAAGGCAUUCCUGUGCACAUCAAUGAUGAUGUUGUGACUGAAUACUGCAUCAAUGAUGGUAACAUUUUGGAGUGCACUCGAGAAGAGCAAAGUGUCGGAACAAAUAAAGCACGCAAAGGGGGGAAACACUACGUGUUCAAGAGCCGUUGUCAGUGGGCUUCCAAGCCAACGACAACAUACAAACAGGAAUGCUUUGUUAAUGAACCCAAGUGGCCAUCAGACCGGCUAGCACAGGCGUGUGCUGCGAUUACUUACACUCCCGCUGUGCGACGGGAAGUGCAGAAUGAAGCUUCUGGGUAA